AACAACAAACGCCAUUCCUCUUCCGAAUUUAUACGAAAGCAAUGGAAAACCCACACGAAGCAGAGCAGGCUGUACUGCUAGAGCGAAUUAUAAAAAAUGUCGACAAGUCAAACGAAGCGAUUAUCGAAUUAAAUCACUGCCUCAAAGAAUACCUUGACUCUGCUGGAGCCAUUCACAUCACGUCUCAACUCUUCUCCAACUAUUCGCGUAAUGUGCUAUAUAAUCUCGAGACAGUCAACAAGCUUCCCAAGCCUGUUUAAUGCAAUUCGCAGAGCGUUAUAGACAUGAGGUGAUGGGCAUUAAGUGUAUUUACCAUGUUCGCAGGGGUCGCGUCGUUUGCACACUGUUAUGAAACGAACAUCA